AUGAAUUCGAGAAAUUUACUUCUGAUCGGUACAUUACUCUCAGUAAUAGUGAUAAUUCAUUCGGCACGGGGAGCAUCAAUUGUCUGCGGGUUUGGUUAUCAACCAUGUGGCACACGAUGUUAUAAACCAUCAAUAGGUGAACAGUGUUUCAAUAAUGGGCUUAUCUGCGGGUUUGGAUAUCAACCAUGUGGCACACGAUGUUAUAAACCAUCGAUAGGUGAACAGUGUUUCAAUAAUGGGCUUGUCUGCGGGUUUGGAUAUCAACCAUGUGGCAUACGAUGUUAUAAACCAUCACUUGGAGAACAAUGCUAUCAGUGA